ACAUCAGUUCUGGCAAGCUGGAGGGAAAGAUAACCGAUAACGGUAAUAUAAGUUUGAUCGAUCCGUUGAGGCACACUUCCCCAUUACGUCAUCCCACGAAGUCCUACAGACGCUGCGGAAAUGCCGGGGUGGCGCGCGCGGUAGUGGGGCGGCCGACAACGUCACGACGACGCCACCGACGCCGCCACCACGAGCGCCUGCUCCAUGCAGUCAAAGCAAGAGGGGCGGCGUGGCGUCGAUACAUCUCCGCGCUCGCUCCUUCGCAACGCCGCCAACGGGGCAGGCCGGAACCGCUGGAACGCGUACGUCGAACCGCGAGCGCCGAGUGCGAACGGAGCCUCCGAAAACAAGUCAGUGUGAAACGAGAGCGACGGUUGUUUGUUGGCGAUCGUGUGGACGGUGCAUGAACUGCAGAAGACUCAGCUAGCAAUCAUGGACGCGCUGAGCAGAAGGAGCGGAUGGACGUGGACAGUGUUAAUCGUGGGCAGUAUUGCGAUUGGAUGUGCCACGGCGAAUAGCAACGAGCAGGAGAAAUCAAUCACGUGUUAUCAGUGCAAUUCAGAGUAUGAUCCACGAUGCGGCGAUCCGUUCGAUCCAUACACGCUCGGAACGGUCAACUGUUCGAUGAAGAAACCGCUCGAACACAUGCCAGAUUAUAAGCCAGUCUUGUGUAGGAAGACAAUGCAAAAAGUUCAAGGAAAAAUCCGUGUGAUUCGAGGAUGUGGCUACCUGCGAAACGAAAGAGACGAUGGAGAAUGCAUGAAACGCAGUGGCACACACGAUGUGCAGUUGCGUUACUGUUCGUGUUCGAAGAAUCUUUGCAAUUCUGCAGAACACACCACGAUCUCCUCGAACAUGGUCGCCGCCUUCGUCACACUCGCCCUGACGCUACUCCUGCGACAACCCUAAGCGUCAACACCACUAAACCCAGUUCACCGUGUUGCAUCCCUUCGCGAACGAUGCGACAACAGAUAUCAAAACAAAACCAGACACAACAAACGUUCCCAUGAAUAACUUUAAAGAUCAAAACAGGAGAGUAUUCGAAUACGACGCCAAACGACUAUUCCUGCCCUUACACAAUAAACAAACUUUACUUCCACGAAAGAAAAUGCAUUCGCACGUGUAGGAUUCAAAUGGUAAACGCCACAGUCGAUCCUCAUAUUUGAAUACUCUCAAGAAUGAAAGCAAUCAUUACAACGAUAAUGAUUAAUAAAACGGGUCGCAAUGCAAUACACACGACGCAUUUUCAAAGCAGCUAUAAGAUAGUAUCACAUGCGUUUACUUAGUGGAUAAGAAUCAUUGAUCAAAAUUGAUACAACAACGCUUUCCACAACUUCAAAACAGGAAUAUAAACAAUUUUAGAAACACUUGAAUGAAAGUUAGGUUGAACUGAGCUGCUGAGUACAUAAUUAUAAAAUAAAUUAGCAUAAAACACUAAAAUCUAAAACUAAUGUAUAUCUCAAAAUCGCUUGCAAGUACAACACGUGCCGGAAGGAAUUUCCAACGAAGAAAUACAUGAACAAUGUACAGAAUGCAUGGAAUUGUAAAACAUAUAUAUUCAAAAGGAUGCGUCUAUUAAUAUUUUAUCGGCGUUGAGACGAUCGCACGAAUGCUCCAUUAGUUGCAAUUGUUUUAUCUUUGCACGACACGACUAAAAACUAUCCUGCCAUCUUCAAACAUCUCAAUCAUUACAUGACAUUUACAAAAUCCGAUUAAUUUGGAUUGUAAAAUUACGUGCAUGCAAAGAUAAAACAAUCAAAGCGUUACCUCGUGGCAGCAUAGUUUAAACAUUCACACUCACACGUACACGCCCACACUCACACGAAUAAAUCACAUACACCGUACAUACGCAUACACCGAGUAACGAAUUCGAAAACUAUAAAUUAAGGCAAAACAGAGUGUAAUAUGGUCAGAUCAUAUUAUCGCGUUUGAGCUGUUGUUAUAUACUUUCGAAACACUGCCCAUGUCAAAAUCGGCGUGUGAAAGUUUCGUUUUUCAUUUUCAUCGAAUAAUAAGAAUUAUACCGACAAAUAGGUGGAUCUAUAAUGUUUCAGUUGAAAUGUUACAACAAACAAAAAAACGUUAAUGAUAAACGCUGCCAUUUAGUAGAUAACUAACUAAAAAUUAUAAAAAUUAAUAAUGCUUGCUAAAACGUUUUGUAGUUCCAGCAAAAUUUUCAUUAUUCAAAAGAUGUUUGGAUAAUAAAGUUUUUGCGUAAUUAUAUUAAGUUUGAAUUCCAACAAAAAAGAAUUACAAUAGAAUUGCAAGAGUUCUUAUGAAUAAGUGUAAUAAUGACAUCCUAGUUACGCGUACGAAUAUUUGCGUAAUGUUGAUUAAUUUCUAAUAAUAAUAAUAUAUAACGAAAGGAUAAAGCAAUUUUGAAAGCUUAAGAUUUGUUUGCGCGCUUUGUUAAAGUUUGUUGAGUUUACGAAUCGGCUUCGAAUCGGCAUAUACCACAAGAAUUUGGAACAGAGUCAGAUUCAAUUGAGAUUAUAACAUGAAAGAAAACAUCAUUAUUGAAUAUAAGCUUGAUGAAAUGCCGAUUGUAUAUGGUUUUGAUGUAUAAAAUCAAAUUGAUUGAUUGAUUAAAAACCGAAAUUUUGAAUAUAAAAGUACAAAAAUGUACCUUACAGAAUUUACACACAAAAAUCUAAGUGUUUCAUGCCAUUAACAUAAUUACAUAGGUAUAUAUAAUGUUGAAUAGUUCCUUCUUGUUCUUCAAGCAUACACGCCCCCAUAAAUGUUUUUGUUCUACAACAACAAAUGUAAGCAGGAAAUUAAAUAGACUAUUAUUGUUAAUGUGCAAAGAAGACACAGAAAUUAGAGAGUCAUUCUACAUAAUUCUUUUCAAAUGUCGAAGCAGACAAUGUUAUUGGAGUGGAGCGAAAAUGGAUAACAUAAUAACUGAAUAAAGCUAAAUAAGAGAAAAACAAAAACGAUCGAAAUAAUUAUUACACUGUGUAUGUAUUAUUAAAUAACUAAGGUUUAAAAAAUAUACCAUGAUUGUAAAUAAGAAGACAAAGAAAUACUUAUUAAAAACUCUGUGAAAAUAAAUACUAACUGAAAAUAUGGUAAAAAUUGGAAGAAGCAUAUUUCUUCGUAUUUUUUUAUGAAUUAUUAUAAAUUAUUUUGAAUGCACGCUGCUAUAAUAAUACAUUGUUUGGUCAUUGUAUAUGUCUUGUAUGUCAGUCAAAAAAUGAAAGAAAAAUAAUAAUUAUAGAAAUACUUA